CCUCCCCCCCGCCCUCCCCCGGUCGGCGUGCGCCGGGCUCCCAUCAGCCAUGGCCGCCGCCUCGCCUUCCGUCUCCUCGUCUCGGGUUGACCGUCUGGUCACGAAGCUGGCCAUUUGGAAUCAACCCGCACGCGCUGCCACCGGGGCCCCCUCCGCUUCGGCUGAGGACCUCCUGAAGCAGGAGCUCGAAAAGCGCGGCACCGUCGAAUACUUCUCCGACCCAUCGGUGGAGUUCAAGUGUCAGCGUUUGAUCGGCUCGCCCGGGUCCUUUUCCAUGGUGGCCCAGGCUCUGCAAGGGGGGCGUGCCCCGAUGGCCGGGCAGUGCAGCAGCACCAUCCCCGGCACCUUCGCCGCGGUGUCCUCGGGCCUGGUGUUGAUUGAUGACUUCAACAUCUUUUUCGCCGACUCCACGAAAAUCUUCCACCAGAUUCACCUCCUUGACGUGGCGAUUGUCAAUUCCGAGGCGUCCCCCAACGAGCUGAUCCUCGAAUGCCAGUCCCCCUUCGACUCGUCCAUUGCCGCCGAGACCCUCUCACGCCGUCAGGGUGACGAGGACCCGGAUCCGGCGGCCGGAUCCGGCGCUGCCGAUGCUCCUCCUGCCGGACCGGAUGCCCCUCCCGGCACCAGCAUCAAUGGCGUCGAACUGCCUGCCGGGGGUGGCAGCGUUCCCGCUUCCCAGACUACCCUGCAUGUCUUCAUCCGGUUUUCCCCGGGCAUGUGUGACCCCUUCAUCCGAGUGUUGCUGGAGCGCUUCUACGCCGUGUACCCCUCCUCCCCGAGACUUCCCUUCUCGCUGGAGGUGACGCCACCCGAUCGCCUCGCCGUUCUCAAGGCGCAUCUUCCCCAUGGCGAUCCGGCGGAUUUCGCCCUUUCCUACCGGGCGUCGUGCUUCCGCUUUCCCAAGGCCCUGACGCCGCUGCAGUCGCACCUUUUGGUUUUGGGAACCCUGGCGGCCGAGGAAGCGGCCCUGGCUGCAGCCGAGCUCGCGCACCACGCGGCCCAGGCCGACUCCGCCAGCUACCUGGAUGGGUCCGAGGUGCCGGGGAAGCUUUCCUCCGCCCAUGGGCAUCCCCUCCUGCGGGGCACCUUCCGCAUGGGGCGCUUUUGGCGGCCGGAUUUGGAUUUGGACACGGUGCACGACCACAUGGCGGCGCUGCUCUGGUCGCUGGCCUACUCGCGACGCUGGAGCAGCUUGACCUUCGGGCCGGACCCCUCGCCGGAGUUGCAUCUCGCGGCGAUCCACGCCCAGGGGGGCCAGGUUCCCCGGUCGCAAUUUGAUCCGCUCAAUACCCGGUUGGAUUUCCUGGCCGCGGCUGGCGCGGCCGGCGGCCCGGCUGUCAGCUCGUCCGCCACCACCAGCGACAGCACCAGCUUCGAGGGGCUCGGGGCGUCGAUCGUUGCUUUGGCCCUCGGUGCCAGCCGGACCCUGGCCAUGGCGUCCUCCUUCAGUCCGGGGAUUCUUUCCUCGGACGGGUCGGAGGGGGUCGCCUCGCCGGACCACCAGAAUCCGACCGCACUCGCCGCCGAGGAGGCCACCUCCUCGCCCGGGGCUCCGCUGCCGGCGUUGCCUUUGCGCACCCGGCGGCACCGUGCUCUGGGCAGCAGCAGUGGCAGCGGCCUCAAUGGGGCGACGGCCCGUGAGAAAGCGCACGCCGCCUACCUGCCCUUGUCGCCCCUGGCGCUGGACGCCCUGGCACAGCUCAUGGCUCUUGGAGAUCGGACCCCCUUCGCCUACAUCGAGGCGUCGCGCGUGGGACUGACCGUCGAUCCGGUGGAACUGUUGGCUGGCCGGGCGCGUCUCUUGCACCCGGCGGUCGAUGGGGCCGGCUCCUCGGUGGCAAUCGCCUCUGGCGGCGGCGGCGGCGGCGGCGGCAGCGGCGGCGGCGGUGUCGCCGCGGCCGUCGGGAUGUCUCCCUCCUCCUCGAUGACUUUCUUCUCGCCAAGCUCCACAUCUGCGCGGGUCUCCCCGGCAGAUGGUCCCACGGCCAGCGAGCUCCACUCGCUGGAUCUCAGCGGCAACCUCCUCUGCGACCGAGCGCUCACCUCCCUGGCGGACUACCUGCUCACAUGCGGCAUCAGCCUCCGGGGGCUGGCCAUCUCCGAGUCGGUGACCAAUCCCCGCGGUCGGGGAAUGGCCGCCCUGUGUCGAUCGUUGCUGCUCCUGCAGCCGGCCAAUCUGACCCGACUGGAGCUUCGGUCCAUUCGCCUGGACCGCUACGUGCUGUCGGCCCUGUCGCCGGUCCUCCGUGCCGCGGUCAACCUCGAGCGCCUGGACAUUGCUCGCACCCGCCUGAAGCUGGAAUAUGUCGUCGAGGACUUCUCCAAGGGCUGCGCUCGGAGUCUCAAGUAUCUGGACAUUUCCGAGAAUGAAACCUCCUGCCUAAAGCCCCUGUCGGACAUUAUCCAGCAUUGCGAAAAUUUGAAGUACCUCGACAUGAGCCACAACCCUCUGUCCCUGGACUCCCUGCCGGUGUUCAUCCGGUAUCUCUUGGUCAAUCCCUGCCUGGCGGAUGUGUGCCUGGUGUUGCGCGACGUUGGCCUGAAUGCCGAAACCGCGGAGUUGAUUUUCGGCCUGAUCUCGCACAAUAUCGUGGCCCUGGACAUUAGUGACAACUUCCUUGGGAAUGCCGGCCUCGAGGCGGUUGCCUCCUCCUUGCUGGCCGGGUCGUCAUCCCUCCGAUCGCUGGUGAUGGACCGGUGCUUUGGCGCGGCGCACAGCCCCGGCGAGCAUGGGCGCAUGCGCUUUGGCCCGGGCACUGGCGGGUCUCGAUCGGGUGCCGGCCCCCCGGCGCCGGUUUCCCGCCCGGCACAACUCUUUGCACAGAUGCUGCGGAGUUGCGUGGCCAGCGAUCGGAGCGAUGGCGCAGCCACCGCCCCCAGCGCCGACGUCACCCAAGGCCCAUGCAUCGAACGGCUGUCCAUGCGCGGGGAUUAUGGCCAGUCAUCUGGCCGGGCCGGGGCAUGUUGCCUGCGUCAGGAUCUCGUCGAAGCCAUCUUGCCCGCCCUGCGGUUCAAUCAGAGCCUGCGGGCGGUAGAUCUGAGUGGACAUGCUGGCGAGGAUGCCGCUCUCGUGGCCCUUGUUGAAGUUCUCAAGCACAACUCCACCCUGCAAUCCGUCUCCCUCGACAACAAUGGAUCGACCAUGCUCGGGUUCGAGAAGCUCCUGACAGCACUGGAGACCAAUCACACUUUGCGGCGCUUCCCCCUGCCGGUGCAGGAUAUCCUCGCUUAUCGGGCUGCUACCCGUGGCGCCGGCGGCGUUGGCGGCCAGAUCACCACCACUUGGAAGACCAUCCACUCGCUGCUUCUGCGAAACAGCGCCCAGGGUAGCUCGCUGGUGCAGCAGCGCCACCUGGCGUGUCGCUCGCUGGAUCGGGCGUGCGUCCGACGCCUGCUCCUGGCCGGGGUUUCGGUUCGCCUGUGCGACGACUCGCUGGCCGCCCCUUUGGCCAUGGUCAGCGACGAGGAGGAUAUCACCCCGCUGCUGGCCCGCCAGACGGCGGCGGUUCUGUGCACGGACUUGUCAUUGGAGCAUGUGCAGCUUCGCGGUUCGGGCGAAUGGUCCACCGCUCCCUUGCUAUCCAUCCCGGUGACACGUCUCCGCGAGGUGACCCCUUUGACUGUGCGCACAUUGCGGCCCACCUCCUCCGAAGACUCGGCAGGCCCGGGGCCGGACAUCGUGCAUGUGGUGCGCAUUGACAUUGGCCCGGCCUCGGCGGCUACUUCCUCCACGGGCAGUCCGCUGUCGCCGGUGUCGCCGGUGUCACCGGCGGCUCCCCUGCCGGCCUCGGUGCUUGUCGUGGUCCCAGGGGUAUCCCUGCAGGCGGAUGUUGUGGCGCUGCUGCGGCGUCUGCGCGAUGAGUCGGAUGCCUUGCAUUUGGUUCUCCCCCAGCCAGGGGCGGCCGCUCGGGCAAGGGCCACUUCGACCUCCACCUCGGUGGCCACGCGGCAGAGCAUCAGGUAUUCCAUUCUCCAGAGUGCAGCGCCCCGCAGUGCGGAAGCCAUCGACGCGUCGGUCAGCUUCGAGGGUGCCCUGGCGUCGUCCGGGGCGCCGAACGUGAGCCGUCUGCGGAAUCAAGAUCUCAUUCGUGAUCGUCGCCACACCAUUCGCCUGCUUGCCGGUGCUCGGGCCAGCCUCCUCCUCGGGCCCGAUACGAUGGCCUCAGCAUUGCACACGCCGCCCCCCCUGUCGCCGGUCAGUCCGAGUUCCGCCGGUGCUGGCCCCGGCGCGGCGCGGGAAUUGCCCAACUGGGCCAUGUCGGUCCUGUCGCACCGGGAGCAGCGUGCUCGCCUGGACGCCGCCGACCCCGAGGCCGAGCCGGCCGCCGCGUCAGCCCACGAGCAGCGGGCCGACGCGGCUUCGGACUUCCUCCGGUCCUUGCGCGAGCGCAUCCAGGAUUACAUCCCGCCUGUGUCGGCGCCGCGCACAUUCCUCUACACGCUGAAGGGCCAUUCGGUGGUGCGCGCGCGGCUGAUCCCCGAGUUGUCGGUGUCGCGCCUCAAUGAGGGCGACGCCUUCGUGCUGAUCAUCGAGUCCCAGCCAGCCGCGGCCACAUCUGUCCCGCCGGCCGGGAGCCAGUCGUCGCAGUACCGAGCCUUUGAUGCCAAUAUCUACGUUUGGUCCGGGCGCCGGGCCUCCCGGCGGGAGCGCGAUGCUGCUCGUCUCUUUGCCCGCGAUGUUGCCCUGCAGGAUUACUUCUCGGCCAACAUCAUCACCGUGUCCGAUGACACGGCGGAAUUUUGGCAGACCCUACAUGGCCGCCGGGCGGAUGUCACGUCCGAGUAUGAUGCCGGCCUCGAUGCCGUGGAGGAGGGCGCCUGGACCCGGGCAUACACCCUGCUCCGGGUGGCUGCCAACCCCAGCGACUCGGAUCACGCCAGCGGCACCGUGGUCGAGCGGGUGGCCAUAUCAGCCGAUGAGUCGGCGCAGGCGGCCUCCGGACGGCUGCGCCCCUCGCUGGACCCUGGAGCCGCCUAUGUUUUGGACACCGAGGCCGGCGAGGUGUUCACCUGGGUCGGGCCGCGGACGCCGACUGUCCUGCGGGUGACGGCCGCCCUGCUGGCGGUCGACCGGGCUGAGGCCUUUGUUGAGCGGCGGCUCUUCAAGCGGGCCGGUGGCAGCCGGGGCGCGGCUGUGACGGCCGCCGGCGUCUCGCCCACUCGGCAGCCUGACUCCCGGCGGCCCUCCAUCGGCAGCAUUGACUCCGACCAUGAAGUCAAUGACCGCUCGGCCGACGCCCCGGCCGGGACUCCCAGCAAUGGCCUGGCCAGUAACACCUGCUUUGCCACCGUGCGUAGCGAGGUUUCCGGCCGUGAGAGUGUCUUCUGGCGAAGCAAGUUCGAUGACUGGUUUGACUCCUCGUCGCUCCUCUCCCUGGACACUCUGCCACAAAUCCGCGAGCAUGUCAAGGUCCUGGCCACCUUCGGCCAGGCGGACGACUUUGUCGUCUCACCCACCGGGCGCGAGGCCCCCUGGAUGCAGUUGGUCCCGGGCCGGCGCGCCGGUGCUGGAUCCAUCCAAACGGACUCCCACUCGGCCGGCAUCUCCCUGGCAUCGGCCCAGGGGCGUGUCUUCCUGGUGGACGAGGUCGAGCAGAAGUCGCUGGAUGUCACCCGCGACGCGCUUUUCGAGGGGGUUCCCUUCACCACCGGGGUUCCGCCACCGCCGCUGCUCCUCUUCUCGGAGGACUGCCUGUUUUUCUACAUCGACGAGAGUGCCCUCUCACCCGAGCGCACCCUCAUCCUGUGGCAGGGUUCACAAACGACCCGCUUCAAGCGUAAGAUUGCUCGUGGUCUGAUCAAUGAGUUCCAGCUGGCUGGGGCCCUUCCUCGGCUCUUCAUCAUCUCUCAAUUCGAGGAGCCGAACUGGUUUACGACAUUCAUUGGCCGGCCGCUGGUGUACCGUCGCGGGGCAAGCCAUCCCCGUCUGACGUUCAGGCACAAUCCCAGUCGCCUGUUCCGAGUGCCGCCGCUGGAGGCCGGCACUUCGGGCUCGCCCAAGACAGCAUCACCCGGCUCCAAGCCAAUGAUCGCCACUGCCACCGCCGCCGCCGCCGCCGCCGCCGCCGCCGCCACUACCUCCACCACCACGGCCGCCAAUGCUGUCGAUCCCCUGGUGACGGUGUCUGCCGGCCCUCACGCCCAGCGGCAGGCCAGCCUGACGCAACACCUCCACUGGCUGUCGACCUUGGUGUCGACGGAGGCUGGCCCCGACAACACCCCAGUCACAGCUGUCACGCUCUAUCAGCUGAAGCCCUACCUGGCUGGCAUGCGCGAUCUGGCCGUCGAGGCGGAUUGCCACUGGAGCGCCCUAAACAGCAGGGACUGCUUCAUCCUCCAGGCGCGCGUGGGAAGUCUUGCUGGUGAGGUGGGCGGUCCUGGCGCUGGGGCCGGGCCCGAUCGCACUGCCUUCACGGUCGUGUGGGCUGGGUCUCUGGCCAGCCCGGCCGAGGUGGCCAAUGCCCAGCACAUCGCCCAGGCCAUGGGGUCCUCGGCCGCGACAGAGACCAUUUCCGAGCCGCCGGGGCCCGAUGGGAAGCUGCCUGUCGCUGCAACUCCCCGUAUGGCCGCUGCUUGGCGGCACUUUUGCCACUACCUGGGGCUGGACACCGACACGCCGGUUGGCAUGAUUGGCCGCCCGAUCCCGGCCCCGCCGAUCCCCUCACGGCCCACGCCCCUCUGGCCUGUCCUCUUGGAAAUCUCCUUCCCCAACCUGGCCUCGCCGUACAUCAAUCUCGAGCGGCUUCCCGUGCGGACGUUCCACCAGCGCGACUUGCGGCCGGACUGCGCGUACAUUGUCGACCCGGCUGUUCGCUCACUGCGCGAUGUCACGACCGACCCGGCCCCGGGAGAGGGGGCCCCCCCUCGGCCCGGGGUCUUCCUCUGGAUUGGCCCGAUGUGCCCGGCCUUCCUGCCACCGGUGCCCUCGGUCGCGGACGCCGGGUCGUCUCCGGUGCUCGAAAGUCUCGGUCUGACGAUCGGGUCCUGCUCCUUUGAGUUGCUUGUGCGCGUGGCGGCCGAAUAUGCGUCGCAUGUGGGGCUCGACCCGCGUGCCGGCGUGACUGUGGUACUGGCCGGCACCGAGCCGAGCACCUUUUCCGCGCACUUCGCCGGCUGGUCCGGCGCCUACACCCCGGGCCCGGAUGCGGUGGCCCACUCGAAUCGCCUACUCCGGUAUGACCUGAUCGUCAAGCGCCCCUGGCCAGCCGGGGUGGCGGUCACAUCGCCCGAUGCGCUGGAGCUCCUCCUGCCGGAGCGCACCCUCCGACAGCUGCUGUUGGCCCCGCAUUACUGGCCGUCAACUGGCGUGCACCGGCGCUUUGCCCGCCUGCCGGAUUGGAUCCGCACCAACCUCAAGCUGGAGCUCGAGCUGCAGAUCUAGCUGGCACUGGGUUCUGCACAGCCGAGCAGGCCCGGCCGAGUGCGCAAACAAAAGAGCGAGACCGGCGCAGGCGUCCCCAUCUCGCCCAGUUGGACCCUUUUCUCGCGUUCCCCAAGAGAAAGAGAGCGAUAUGAAAGAAACAGACCAAUCCAUCCAUCUGUGCUCACACGCACACGCACACGCACACG